ACGAAAGAUUCCGGAAGGGACCUCACGACGGGAAGCAGUAGCAGCAAGCUAGUCAAGUCUUCGGAUCCUUCCCUCUUGACCACGUUGUACAAUAUAUGUUUUAGUUCUGUCGUACAUUAUGUCUGUACUGUGUUAUAAUAAGGGAUGUGGACAACGUUUUGAUCCCGACAAGAAUUCAGAUGAUGCAUGCACAUACCACCCUGGAGUGCCAGUGUUUCAUGAUGCAUUGAAGGGUUGGUCUUGCUGCAAGAGACGAACAACUGACUUUUCGGAUUUCCUCAGUAUUGCUGGUUGCACGAAAGGCCCUCAUAAUCAGGAGAAGCCCUCUGAGCCUGUUAAACCAGAAGUGAAGUCCUCUGUGGACAAGAACGUGAAUGAUGGGAAGCCAAAGUUUAAUGAAUGCAUCACCCAAGCACCAAAACCUCUGGAGUCUAUUCAACGACCAAGUCCAGAUGAGCCUUUCUCCAGUCUACAACAGAAGAUCUCUCCUUCGCUUGAACAGGCUUUAGAAAAGCUUACAUUGACUGAGGAAAAUGCACAGGAGAUAAAGGAGGAGGAUAGUGAUGAAAUUAAGAUAGGGACGUCCUGUAAGAAUGGAGGCUGCAGUAAGACAUUCAGCGGACCAGCCAGUGAUGAAGAGACAUGUUUGUAUCAUGCUGGUGUACCUAUCUUCCAUGAAGGGAUGAAAUAUUGGAGCUGCUGUAAGAGGAAAACCUCAGACUUCAACACGUUUCUGUCUCAGGAGGGCUGUACCCAAGGAAAGCAUCAGUGGAAGAAAAAAGAUACAGGAAAGAAGGUUGUGCCAUGCAGGUUUGAUUGGCAUCAAACAGGAAGUCAGGUCAUCAUUUCAAUUUAUGCCAAAAAUUCAGUACCAGAGCUGAGCUCAGUGGAGGGGAACAGCACUGUGCUCAAAAUCCACAUUAUAUUUGAAGGAGAGAAAGAAUUUGAACAGCAGAUCAGUUUGUGGGGGGUAAUUGAUGCAAGUAGAAGUUUGGUAAACAUGAUGGCUACCAAAAUUGAGGUUGUGUUGAAGAAGGCAGAACCAAUGUCAUGGGCCCGACUAGAUCUUCCACCUGUAGCUCCUCCAAAGGAAAAGGAAAAAGAUGUUGACAGUGAGGAUGAAUGUGAUGAUUAAAUUAAGAGACUGUAAGAGAACUACCAUUCUCUGAAUAGGAGUGGGAAUCAUUUUCUCUGGUUCUAAGGUUUGAUCCAUAAUGAAGCGUGAAUGUGUCAUGUAAAUUCUGAAAGCUCUUCAUGUUUGUCCAAGAUAAUAGAUUUAUUGUACAGGGCAUGUUUAGAGGGUUUUUCUAAGAAAGCCUUCAAGGAACCAAGUUACUCUAAUACAAUGUUUUGAUUCAAACCAAAAAUGU